AUGACAAUGUUUUCGGUUAUUUCAAAAUGUUUUAAUCCAAGAAGUCUUAAUCCAAGAAGAUUUUUAACGUUUAAUAAAAACAGGGAUGGCAUUUCGAAACCAAAACCCGUUAUGACAACCCUAGUCCCUCCAGAUUUUGAAAAUGAAGGCAACGACAACACUAAUACCACUUUAAAAAUUGUUGAACUUUUAAGUGAGGCCGAAGAAUAUCUUAAUACUCAUGAAUACACAAGAGCCAUUACAGUUCUCCAACACGCUACUCAAUGCGGUUCCGCAACCGCGGCAGCAAAACUAGGAAUAAUUUAUCAUGGUGGCAUUAAUGAUACCAUCCCUCCUGACUAUGCCUCAGCUGCCGUAUAUUAUCUUUUUGCCCUUAAACUUAUAUAUAUGAUUCCCUGUAACAAAUGGGAUAUGAGUCUCGUUCUGGACGUCAUCGCCGGCCUUUCGGAACUAUAUAGAUUCCAAAUGAACCGUAAAAGGGACUGUGAUAUUUGGAAUCAUGGCAUUAAAGCCAUGAAACAUAUUGAUCAAGCAUUACAAGACCCUCUCGCCACAAAGUUUUUAAGUCAUAAAGAAAUUCAAAAACGCAGGGCAAUAAGGAUCCAUAUUGCUUAUUGUCUCGGCUUAACCGCUGAGGCUGAUAAAGAUUUCUCUACGGCAUUAACGGCAUUUCAAAAUUGUCAAAAAUUUGGGGAUUGCGGUUUUAAUACCGCUGAUAAAUUGGUCAAGAAAUCGCACACGAAAGUUCGAACGCUUGAACCUCAGGUACCUAGAGUAAAACCCGUCUGUGUUGAAUGCCAAUACGAGGCCAAGGAAUUAAAAGAUAUUUGGACACUGCUAGUAUGCGCCAAAUGUCAAUCAGUUGCCUGUUGCAGUAAAGCUUGCCUAACAAAUCAUUUAUCCACCCACCAUGAAAAUGAAGGUGAAGACAAGAAAACUAAAUAG